UCACGCUAUUGAUUGUGAAAAGGAAGGAGAUCGUCUUUUGGAGACGCCAUCUUAAAAUAAAGUGAUAUAAGUUUUGGUAGCGUAGAAUAUAGUAAAAAUCUAAAGUAAUCUUCUUUUGGUUAUGAGCAUACGAGCUUAGAUAAUUUUAAUUUCGUGAUAGCGUGUAUAAAGGACCAAGUUGGUGGUAGGUGCGAGGGUGACCUCCUGAUGGUGUGUACAUCGCAGCAUGUCUGCACUCUCGACGCCGGGCGGCGGAGGCACUACGGCGCAGAGCAAGCCGGCGUCCGGCAAGCAAAAGUAUCAGAAGUUGGACAUCAAUAGCUUAUACUGCGCCAACAGAAACGAAAACUCUGAACCGUCCUCAGUGAAAUCUCAACUAAGCCGCAAACAUGGAAUGCAAAGUCUUGGAAAAGUUCCUUCGGCGAGGCGCCCACCAGCCAACCUGCCCUCUUUGAAAACUGAAACUGGUCAAGAUCCAAACGCUAACUCUAUCUCUGCUACUACUACAACUGUGUCUACACCAGCAACAUGCACCUCUCAGACUAUUACGACGGCAUCCAACAGCGGUGUGGUUGCGGGCACGGGGUCGGGCGGCUGGGUGCCGCUGCCGCCGCCGUCAUCGCCCCACUUCCGCACAGAGUUUCCCUCCCUCGAGGCCGCUGCUCAGCCCUCACACCGCUCUUCAGAACAUUCGACACCCCAGCCGCAACUCAGACCACAAACGGAAGGCAGCUGGACGUGCGGUGGCGGCGUGGGCUCACGGGCCGAGUCGGCAUCUCCCGCCGCCGCGCCCGCCUCGACGCCCGCCGCACAACAAACACCCGUCUACCGUGCUAUUCUGCCAUCCUUCCUGAUGAAAGGUAGCAGUGGCGGCGGGCUGGGGCUGGGGUCGCUGGGCGCGCUGCGCGAGCCGCGCGGCGGCGGGGGCGGGGGCGGCGGCGGCGGGCCGCGCGCCGCGCCGCGCCCGCCCGCCACGCCGCGCGCCGUCGAGGUGCUCACCGCCAGGCCCAUCCUGCGCGACGACCAGAUCUCCUCACUCGAUGAUAUCUCCAGAGAUGCCGGCUGGGCGCAGAACGAUGAUAUCGAUUAUGAUCAAAAAUUGGACUUCUCAGACGGAGAGUCUUCUGCUCCGAGCAAAAUGAGCAAUAAAAAUAUUAACCGUUCCGGUAUGGAUCAUGAGCGUAUGGAUGCAAAAGUCCUGGAUCCCGGUGACGUGGACCAGCUGUGGGCGGAACGGCGCAGAAGUGAAGUGAAGAAUGAAGUGGCGCAGGCGGUCGCUCGCGCUAAACAACGCAAAGAGGAAGAGCAGCGCCGACAAAUGCGUGACUCUACAUCGUCUCAGCAACACAAGGACCCCCGAGAGCGGAUAGACAGGGGAGACCGUGAUCGGAACGAUAACAGAGACAGAGAUGCCGACACGAGGGAAAAGGUGCGGGACGAUAGAGAGCGAGAGCGCUCCGAUAAUAGAGACAGGGAUCGCAUGGAUAACAGGGAGAAAGAACGUGGUGAUAUCCGCGACAGAGACACGCGAGAUAAAGAUAGAAUGGAUAACAGAGACAGAGAUCGGCGUGACAACAGGGACCGAUUCGAUAAUAGGGACCGCGAUCGUGACGUCAGAGACAGCGACCGCGAACGCGACCGUGACAGAAUGGAAAACAGAGAUCGCGGUCGUGUAGAUAAUAGGGAUCGUCAGGAAAGCGACAAAGAGAGGUCGGACAUGCGAGAUAGGGAUCGCAAUGAUAACAGGGACCGAAUGGAUAGGGAUCGGUUCGAUAGAGAUAGAGAGAGGGAGAGACAAGACAGGGACCGCGAUCGCGACCGGGUCGAUAGAGACAGAGGGGAUCGCGAUAGAGGAGAGCGUGAUCGUGACUUCAGAGACCGGGACCGAGAUUAUGGUCGUGAUCGUGAAAAUAAUCCCGCAUUUUCGAAGAUGUUCCAGAAUAACAUACCACCACGAUUUUUAAAACAGCAACAAAACAGACAACAGGAAGAGCAGCACAAGGCGUGGGCGUUUUCGGGGAAACCGGCGCCGAGGCGGCAGGAACCGCCUUCAUACAAUGCCCCGCGACAUACGCCGCAUAACGGUGGACGCCGCUCUUAUUCAAGAGAUUACUCUGAUCGUGAAGACGAUUUCAGAAGAGAAAAGGACGGACCUGGCCCGCAAUGGCGGUCUGAAAUGCAAGACUAUGACCGUUCUGGUAGAGAACUGGAUAGGUCCAAUUCUAAAGAUUCUUAUAAAGACUAUGACUAUAAAGAUAGGAGGAAUGAUUCUGACAGAAAAUCUUCUGAAAGUACAGUCGAGCACAGUAGCAGAACUGCUGCAGAUAAACUAACUGAAGUGUUUGAGAGAAAAAGCAUUGGGCUAACAGAACCUUUCGCUUCAUCGGACUCAUCGAUACAAACACAACCGCCAGAGAGACGCACUUCGCCUCCUUCAAAUUUAUCUCAACGAGAUUCCUCUGAGAGAGAUUUUGGAAAAGCUUCCUGGGCGGACGUUGCACAAGAAGAAACAGCUAAUUAUACUAUUCUUAAAUCGUCUCUAGAAAAAGUCAAUGUGCCGAAAGAUAAUGAGCUACCUAUUAAAGAUAAUGUCCAAAAGGCUGAAAUAGAUAAUGAUGAUACAAAGCGAACUCCUCAACAAUCUUUCACGGGACCACCUCCCCAACAUGGCACGAAUCCAUCGGACAUUACAGCUGUUUCUUCGCAAAAUCAAGCUAAUAAACCUGGGCAGAAUUUUGUUCAACAAUCUUCUCAGAAUAAUUCUUAUGCAGGUAUUCCAUCACAAAACGCACCCACCAGUCAAAGUCAAUCCUCAUUUACAGAUAACCAAUCUAUUUCUAAAUCGCAAAGCCAACCACUUGCGAAAUCCACUAACCAAGGCGAAACACUUUCUGGAACGCAAAUUAAAAAACAACCUUCAUCUGAACAUCUUCUACAACAAAAUGUAACCAAACCACUUUUUACAUCACAAAAAUCUGAGAAGGAGCUCUCUGAAUCGGAAUCAGUAGCAUCUAAGUCCAGCACUGACCCAUCGAGCUUAUCAGGUAAUAAAAUUAAUGAAGCACAGGGUGGAGAAUCUCAGCACGUGGGGUCCGACUCGCAGAAGCGACCCGAUGAUAAAAGAAAUGACAGAUUCAGCAAUGAACAACUAAAUCGGAUUCCAGGCAAAGAGCCAAUAGAAAGAAAAUCGAGCGGUUCUGGUUCUGAAAAGAAAGGUAGAGGCUAUGGUGGUGGUGGGUACUCAGUUUACGUGAGAGGUUGGGGUGCAAGAGAAUCUCGUGGUCGUCGUUCACAUCGUAGCUCCCGUUCGAAUAAUAGAGCUAGCGAAUCUGAUGGUUCUACUGACGGAGCUCCGAAUUCUGAACGGAAAGAACGCCGUAGGGCUCCGCGCAGUCCUCGUGGUCCUAAAAAACAAGACAGACCCGAUGAUCCCAAUAGACCACCUGCAGACCAAGGCCUAUCUAUCUCCGACGGCAUGGAAAACAGAGAACCAUUUGCGCCGCGAGGUCAACCUUCCCGUCGAGGGAGAGGAGGUUUCCAAGGGACGUCCCGACCACCAGCUCCAGCUAAACGCGUAGCAGGGUACGGACCGCCUAACACUAAAAGUCCAUUUAGCCAAGCAAAUAGAGCUGUUAAAGAUAACGAGGAAGUUAAAGAUAAUAAUCAGCAACCUGACGAUAAAGGAAAACUGAGUAACAAACCACGUACUGGAUCUUCAACUGGUCGAGGACGCGAUCGUCGGCCCAAAGGAGCUGUUAGUGGUGAAGAUGAAAAUUGGGAGACUACCUCAGAACAUUCCGAAGGCGGCGGGACCGGUGGCCGCCGCCGAUCCUUAGGAGGCAGACAAUCGGGACCAUCUCAAAAAGGUCAAAGCCGCAAUCAAAAUCCUAACACCCGCCAAAAUGCACGAAAUGCCCAAGGAGUCAAAAAGGAUACUCCAGGAGAAAAUAAAACAGGUGACAUUACAGAGGCUAUGGGUGACCUUAAGUUAUCUACUUCCAAUAAGAAAGACGACGAGGUGGUUGAUGAUGGAUUCCAAGAAGUGCGAAAUAAGAAAAAUUCCAAGGAUGCUAGAGGCUCGUCAAAGGAAGACAAUCAGCAAGCAUCCAAGCAACCAAGAUCUCAUUCUAACCAAGGUGGUGGCCGAAAUGGCUCUUCAACUAGAAAUCCUAGUGAUAAGUCUAAUAAUUCUCGUGGAUCUGCACCAGUCCCUGGCAAGCCGGGGUCGCAAUACGAGCGGCCCCGUCAGGCGAACUUAGCUCCGCGCUUCGUCAAGCAGAGGCAGAAGCAGCAAAUGGGAUUGGUGACCGGAUUCGGCCCGGAUACUGGUGCGGCACCGCCUCCUCCAGCUGUGAACGCUUGGGAUAAACCUAUUUCACAGACAUUGCGCGGAAAUGUUGAAGAGCCUACCGAAGUUGCGGAGAAUAAAUCUGGCCAAUCCAGUCAACGCAGUACACCAGGAGAUGCCCCAGCCGAAGCUAAACCCGCUCCUACUACAUGCGCCAUUGUGACUGAUAAAUCCGGCGUUCUCGAUGGGACCACUCCGCCUGUAGAGACUAUUAUAUUCGAGAAUACUAAUUAUAAGACUGCUCCGCCUGCCGAGGCUUUGAAACAAAAAUAUCAACCAGGAGCUAACACUGCCAAACCUCAAGGAGAGGACAUUCCUGCCGAAGUUGAAGCGCGGCCGUUACCUUUUAACGGAGAGGUGCGCCAAGUGCGCCCAAGAUCUAUUCAAGAGUUAAUCGGAGACAACGGUAGGCCUACGGACGCAGAGGGCGCCCUGGGCCUGCAGAUGCCUUUCGACACAUCGCAAAAAGCUGAGGAUUCUUCCGAUAUGAAAUUAGAUUUUGCAUUCGAUUCUGAUCUCGGCCAACUGACGGAGGAUAAAUCUGCAAAGUCACUCGGUCUACCUCGUAGCACGCAUAUGAGUACAUCAAAUACGAUAUCCCCGCUGGCGGCUGAUCUCAACUUAAAGAUCGCUAGUGUCAAAAAAGUUUGGGAGAUGCCAGCUGUGGCUGAAGGUACCGAAGAACUGCAGUUCGCUGGAUUUGAGGAGACCAAUACGGAGACGGGCGCGCCGCCAAACGUGUGUAAGGUGAAGCCUACACAGCAACUGCAGUCGCCGCCGCCGCAGCACUACAACCACGUGGGCUACCAGGGCGGCUACGGCGGCCUGUCCGUGCCCUCGCCGCCUGCGGUUUUGUUCAACUCGUCCCAGCAGUUGUUGGGCUCGUCGCAGCAACUGCAGCAGCAGGGCGGGCUGUACGGUGCUUUCCUCGACCAGAGCCGCGGUCAGUUCGGAGGGUUCCCCGGCACACCGUACGGCGCGGGAUCCGCUGCACCCUACAACUACCAGCCGCCACCUGACAUGUUCCAGAGUCUUCCGAGUCAAUACCGGAUGGCGGCGGCAGCUGGAGGCGGAGCAGCAUUUGGACAGUCCGGACAAUUGGGUAAUAGCCCAAGCACAGUUCUCAUUUCAAGUUCGUCCAAUUCGCUAAUGUCGGCGACUGUCAAGCCCUCUUCUCAGCAAAUUGGAGCUAUUGGCAGCAAAGGCGGCGGCGUCGGCGGCGUAGGCGGCGUGGGCGGCGUGAACACGUACCAGCAGCAGUACCUGGGCUAUUCGGGCCCCGUGGGCGAGGCGCCGUACUCGCUGCCCGGGCUGCUGCCGCGGCCAGCGCCGCCCGCCUCCAGCUACUACGCGCCCUACCAGCCGCCGGCCGCGCCCGCCCCCUCCUACCCGCUGCAGUUCACGCCGCCUGCGCAAUCCGGCGCCUUUGGCUCGCAGUUCCUCUCUUCGCAGCUACAGGUGGCCGCUGCCGUUCAGCAAAUGCAACAAUACCGUGCGCCGAUGCAGCAGCAGUACGCGCCGCCGCAGCCGCGCCCGCCGCCGCAGCAGCAACUGAAGAGCCCGCUGCACGAGCACGCCAACGGGUUCGCGCCGCUCGUGGAGUCCGCGUCGCCCACGCCCAAGGGCGCCAACAAGCCCACCAAGUCGCCGCACUCGCCGCCGCAGCACAAGUACCACGCGCCGCCGCCGCAGCCGCCGCCCGCACACACGCCGCACGGGCCGCACUCGCAGCACUCGCAACACUCGCAACACUCUCAACACUCGCAGCAUGGCCCGCACCAGCAGCAGCAUCAGCAAAUGAUGGGCGGCGGCAACAACGGGCGCAUGGUGGGCGGCGGCGGGCCGGGCCGCGGCGGCAUGGUGGCGCCGCGCUACCCCGCGCCCAUCCAGCGGCCGCACGCGCCCGCGCUGCCGCUGUACCGCGCGCCGCCCGCGCAGCCGCGCCCGCACCCCGCGCCGCCGCGCCACAACAUGUACUACCAGCACCACCAGCGCAAUGGCGGCGGCGGCGGGGAGCGCGCGGCGGAGAGCGGCGAGGGCGCGGCGGCGGCGGACGAGGCGGGCGAGGCGCCGGCCGCGGCCGAGCCGCCCGCCGCCGAGGUGAAGCCGGAGUAGACGCGGGGCCGCCCGGCUCGAGCCUCGCCCGUGCAAUUGUCGGUCCGCGUCUCCGACGCGACCGUAUCCACGUCCCCGGACGUUGACGACAUUACAUUUUCGGUAUUUUAAAUUAAGUCGUAAAUUAUGGAAGUGAUUAUAAGAUUUAUUUAAGAUUCGUACGGAUCGAAGCGGCGCCGCUCCUUCGCGGCGCGACUCGGUAGUUCCGUCUCUCGCGCCGGCCCCGGCGGCCCGAGGCGCCCAGAGACGCUCCGCUUGUAUGUAAAUAUAUUGAUUGGACGGACAUCCAGCUGUCUAUUUGACUGUUAUGUUUAAGUAUAUGAAAACGCGAAAGGUCGGCGGCCUCGCUGCGAUCGAACGUUGUACCGCGAGGACGACUCGUCCUUCUGACCGAUGCUGCCUCGAGACCUCUCACUAGUGAAUAUGUACGUAGCGAUGGUUUGCAGAACUAAUGUCGGUGCAAUAUAAGUGUCACAUUUGUAUUGCAUCGAUAUUCAUUUAAAAUAAUAAAUGUAAUCUGGAGUGGAAACGUAUGAGUGCCCCUCGGCAUUGGGUGACCGUUGCACGUGACGCUCCAUGUAUCAUAAUCAAUUAUUAUAUGCGAAUAAAAUUAUUAUGACCGAA